AUGGUCCAUGGGCCUUUAUCAUAUCAUGGAGAACAUAACCAGGGAGACCCUACCAGCUAUUCUGAAGAGCAGAGCAGCACAGAUGGUUCCCAGGCUCCUGUCUACUUCUAUGAGUUCCAGCAUGUGCCCAACUUCGUCAAGCAUGCCAGACCAUCCCAUGUGAGGGCAGACCAUGGUGAUGAUCUUGUCUUUAUCUUUUGCUCCUAUUUGUGGGCCAUGAAUUUGGACCUCACUGAGGAGGAGGAGCUGCUGAAGAGGAGGGUGAUGAAGUACUGGGCCAACUUUUCAAGAAAUGGGAACCCCAACAGCGAGGGUCUACCCUACUGGCCUGUGAUGGACCAAGAUGAGCAGUACCUGCAGCUGAACACCCAGCCUACUGUGGGCCAAGCCCUGAAGGCCAGAAGGCUGCAAUUCUGGACCAAGACUCUGCCCCAGAAGAUCCAGGAGCUAAAAGGUUCUCAGGACAAGCAUGCAGAGCUGUAG